UUCAUAGAUUGAUGCUCAAUCACAGAGCCACGCCAGCCAGGCCAGAGGACUUUUUUCCAGCUGGGCUCAGGUCUGUGGUCUGACGGGGGACUGGGAUAGGUGAGGCAGGAGUUAUGGGUGAGGCUGUGGAGAUGGGAGUUUUGCCUGAGAACUGCUCACUCUUGAAGGCCCUGAUUCCCUUGCGCUGAGCUCAGUGAGGCGAGGCUCUGGCACAUCCAUUUCGUCGAGCAGAUGAGAGGCUUCUGGGAAGCGGAUGUGCUGAUUCAUUCAUUCUUUGUUUGAGAUGCCAUUCUUAUCCAUGGAAGUUAUCUCCAUGCCUGUGAAGGACGGAUUCCUGGGUGGGAAUUACAUGGCCUACGGGAUUGGGAUUCCUCUCCCCGGAAGGUGAGUCAGGAAUAGGGAAUCUGAAUUCCUGACUCCGGGGCACAGGCACUGAGGGAGGGAGAAGGCCAUGCAGAGUGGAGGGUCAGGAAGGUGCCGUCUUCCUCGGACAGAUUCUGGGUCCUUCAUAGGUAGGUUGGUGUAGAAUCCAACGUCCUUGAGGUUUCUUGGACUGGCCCAACUCUAACCCAAAGGUGGUAUUGCGUGCACACAAGCGUGUGUGUGUGUGUGUGUGUGUGUGUGUGUGUGUGUGUUCUAUCUCCCUUUAGGCUGUCUUCCAAAACCAGAUCUGUGGAUAAGAGGAUCUUGCCUCACUGAACCUUACAGCUUUGAUUGGGUGUCAAGACUUCUGGAUCCUAUUCUGGGAGAAUCUCUUGGUAGACUCAGAUGGUAGUGAGGGGCAUGCUGAGGAGAAAAGCAAGUAAGCCCAUAGCAGAUGAGCUCCACGUUAGAAUGCCCUCUGAUUACUCUUUCUCCAUCUGGUCUUGAAAAAGAAAGGUGAUGAAUGGGCAUGGAGCCAUGGAGGAAGUAAGGCUGUCGUCCACACUGGUGUGAAGGAGCUACUUGCCAUGGAAGCCCGGGAGAGCACGGCGUCCACCUAUCAGUUCAUGUCCGAGGCCAACCAGCCCAGGGAGGAAGAUGAUAGCAUGGCACCUCAAGGGACCACAGAAACUAUGCAGCUGAAGAAGGAGAUCUCUCUGCUGAAUGGGGUCAGCCUGGUGGUGGGCAACAUGAUCGGCUCAGGAAUUUUUGUCUCACCCAAGGGCGUUCUGGUACACACGGCUUCCUAUGGGUUGUCGCUGGUCAUAUGGGCCAUUGGCGGACUUUUCUCUGUUGUGGGUGCCCUUUGCUAUGCAGAACUGGGCACCACCAUCACCAAAUCUGGGGCCAGCUAUGCUUAUAUUCUAGAGGCCUUUGGGGGCUUCAUUGCCUUCAUCCGCCUGUGGGCCUCCCUGCUAAUCGUUGAGCCCACCAGUCAGGCCAUCAUCGCUAUCACCUUUGCCAAUUACAUCAUCCAACCCUCCUUUCCUACCUGUGAUCCCCCUUACCUGGCCUGCCGUCUCCUCGCUGCUGCUUGCAUAUGUCUGCUGACAUUUGUGAACUGUGCCUAUGUCAAGUGGGGCACACGUGUACAGGAUACUUUCACGUACGCGAAGGUCCUGGCGCUCAUUGCCAUCAUUGUCAUGGGCCUUGUUAAACUGUGCCAGGGACACUCUGAGCACUUUCAGAACGCCUUUGAGGGUUCCUCCUGGGACAUGGGAAACCUCUCUCUCUCCCUCUACUCUGCCCUCUUCUCUUACUCAGGUUGGGACACCCUUAAUUUUGUAACAGAAGAAAUCAAAAACCCAGAAAGGAACCUGCCCCUGGCCAUCGGGAUUUCGAUGCCAAUUGUGACGCUCAUCUACCUCCUGACCAACGUGGCCUAUUACACAGUGCUGGGCAUGUCGGACGUCCUCAACAGUGACGCCGUGGCUGUGACAUUUGCUGACCAGACAUUUGGCAUGUUCAGCUGGACCAUCCCCAUUGCUGUGGCCCUGUCCUGCUUUGGGGGCCUCAAUGCGUCGAUCCUUGCUUCAUCAAGGUUGUUCUUCGUGGGCUCCCGUGAGGGCCACCUCCCAGACCUUCUGUCCAUGAUCCACAUUGGGCGUUUUACACCCAUCCCUGCUUUACUGUUCAACUGCAUAAUGUCACUCAUCUACCUCAUCGUGGAGGAUGUUUUCCUGCUCAUCAACUACUUCAGCUUCAGCUACUGGUUUUUUGUGGGCCUGUCUGUGGCUGGACAGCUCUACCUUCGCUGGAAGGAGCCCGAGCGGCCCCGGCCUCUCAAGCUGAGCCUGUUUUUUCCCAUCGUGUUCUGCAUAUGCUCCUUGUUUCUGGUGAUUGUGCCCCUCUUUGGAGACACCAUCAAUUCCCUCAUUGGCAUUGGGAUCUCCCUCUCCGGAAUCCCCGUCUACUUCCUGGGUGUUUACCUGCCAGAAUCCCGGAGGCCGCUCUUUGUCCGGAAUAUCCUGGCUGCUAUCACCAGAGUCACCCAGAAGAUUUGCUUUUGUGUCCUGACUGAGCUAGAUGUAGCCGAAGAGACAAAGGUUGAGAGGAAAACUGACUAGAGGCCGGAGGUGAAGUCCCCUGAGGCCUGGAAGGUUUUACCUGUGGCCACAGUCACCAAAGGCCAGGUGGCGAGACUGUGUGGCCCCAGCCCUCUGGUCCGAAAGGAGCCUGUGGGCACACAUUAUGUCUGUCAGGGGGUUGAGGGCUGAUGGCUUCCUCAGGUGCGCACUCUCAUUGGUAAGCUAUGGGAGACCGAGUCUGGGGCCAGCAUGAGGUGGGGGCAGGGAGGGCUUGGGGAUGGUGGUUGAGUUUUGUUCCUGCUGGGUGGUAUGUGUAGCCCUUACAGACACUUGGUGAGUUGCGCUAGGGGAAGAGGGAGUGCUAGCUAGGUUAGCUGUGGCUGGUGGUUUCUAAACUUGGUACUCGAGGUUGGAACCAGGAGUCUCUACAAAGGGGCUGCUUUUAUGACAAGUUUUCCUCUGACCAGGUCCAGGCACCUGACUUCAGAGGCUUGAAAUGCUACCAUUUCUUCCUCGGGUUCAAAAUCCUUCCCUGGGGGGAAAUGGUUGUAUCCCAUUAUUUAUUUAUAUUAUUUAAUCCAGAACACCAAUUCUAGGUGAAUCCUGGUAUUCAUUUACAGGAUGCAGUAGGCUGUUUAUAAAUGCAGAGUACCCAAAGAUGAGUCCCUCUGUCCUCAGAGGUGUCUCUACGUGGCGGUGGGUCAGACUCUGACCGCAGAUUUUUUUUUUUUUUUUUUUUUUUGCUUCGUUUUAGCACAAUCUUCUGUUGAGUCUUACCUGCACAGGUGAACUUUAAAGAUUUUUUACUCACGUACCGAUUACACUUUAGUAUACGUUACAAGCACCUGGGGUUGUAGCUGACACAUGAACAAAUUCAUGCGUCAGAAGUCUGGCACUACUGUUGUUUUGAAGGAGAAUCCUUUAUUUCACUGAGAGCUUGUCUGUGUUCUAGAUGCUAAAGUACACCGCUGGGUUUCUGGUACGAACUUUAAGAGGACAGAAACUUCUCGUUCAGGUACAUCACCUGAAUUCUCUCAGCUGUCAAUGUCUCAUGGACUUGAGCCACCAAAUAGCUUGUUCCACUCGCUACGGGUCGGUGUGAGGGGCUGCUGUGCAGACCCACGCAAGCCCUCCUAGGUGCUAGACGUGGUCGUUUUCUUUUUCUGGAAACCUCACACCAGGCCGCAUCCGCCUGUCCCCAACACCAGGCUUUGUUUACACUGAGCCGCCUUGGUGUGGAUCACCGGGACAGUGCACUCCUCUCCCGCCUGCCUCCUGGGGCGGGGUCCGGUGGGGCUUCAGUCUCAGGAAGACCUUGGUACUCCUGGGGACUUCUUUUUUCCCAUGGAGAUCAGUGAAGACUCUGGGAAAAAAGCUGCUUUAACCUCAGUCUGGCUCCUCAGCAGACUGCACGAUGGGACAUAACGAAUUCUGGUGCUCAGGCUGCUCUUUAACACCCAGGUCAGGCUGAGCAGGUUUGGCCUACUGGAUGCUCCUUCAUGGGCAGCUUGGCUGCACUGGAUUGUACAACUCUCCUAGGAUGACCUCAGACCAAAUCACCCUGGGCCCAGAGAACCUGCUGGCUUGGCACACCCGUGGGCUUCUUAUCCUUACAGUUUGGAAUUGACCAAUGGUAAAAACAAGAAGUAUGAGGCAAUCUCCCUUUCUGUUUUUCUCCACCAAACUGGCUCAUCUCAGGCAAGGGCGUAACCUUGGUCAUACCUGCUCGAUACAAACAACUUAAGGGAGCAUGCUCACAAUUGCUUUUGGUUCAGGGCAAGCAUUUGGGAGAACGUAGGGGGCCACUCCUACUAUCAUGGGUUGGGGAUUUGCACUGCAAAUUCCUGUCUACAACAGGGAGCCCAUACAAAGGGUGACUUGCCUAGACUAUGUACACACGACUCUUGUCUGAGCCAAGCUGGCACCUGCUCCAAGGAUCCUUUAGAGCUAAUCCUUGAAGUAGAAUGCGCUUGUUUUGAGGACCCCUGAGGUAGGCUUUGGCUUCCUCCACUCAAGCAAAUGACCAGCUCACCCCAGGAACUUGCUGUUUCCCGUUGGCUCCUGGGAAAACAAGGGCCUCCAUACCCCAGGUGCCCUAACACUGGCUUAGCGAGCCAUGUCAUCCUCCUCCCAUUAGUGGAUGGUGACCGCAUUCUUCCCCUCUGUGCUGCGUACAGACUUCCUAGAAACCCUCCUGUGGGAGGGAAGCCAGACUUCCUCCACUCAAGCUUUGUGGGGGAAUUAAUUUCCAUGAGGGUUUUGUUCCUCAGCCUCAUUUCUUCUCCUGGUAUGCUAAUCCCUUUUGCACUGGGUACAGUUUGUGAAGUUGUUAAGCCCUUUAAUGUUGGCAAACUUUAAUGAGCACAUAAAUAGCAAUGAACACAUCAUAUUGGUACAGAGUGGUUUUUAAUCCUUCUUUUACGCCUAUAGACUAAGAUGACUAGUGUUGACGUACAUUUAAGUUGCUGCCUCUUACUUGUGACACUGAAUUGUACCUUUGUGGAUAGUUAGGGUGGGAAACCAGUAUGUUGGUUUUAGAGCCACAAGAGUAGAGCCUGAGCACACACACACAUACAAUUUAAUCGUUUUGUCAGGUUUAACAACUCUGCGUACAUAGGAACUGAUGUAGAUAAAUGGGUUUAGGCAGGAUGGGAAAGUAGAUGCUUAUGAAGUCUUUAAAAGAUGUGGGAAGACACAUCCCUGUGUAAUUCACCUUCCCCUGUGAUAGUGAGUGUGCGCCAUGGGGCAAGAGGGCAUGUCUUGAAUAGAAGGUUCUGGGUAUUGAUUGCCCUAUACCUGCGCUGUCCAGUACAGUAGCUACUAGCCACAUGUAGCUACUUAAAAUAAAAUAAAGUUGAAAAAUUCCUCACACUAAUCACAUUAAAAGUGCUCAGCCACAUGUGGCUAGUGGCUACCACUGCACAGGGCACGUAUAGGACACAUUCGUCUUUGCAAAAGUUCUACUGACAAUGAAUGCUACAUUAAAGACUAAAUGCCAACUCAGUCUGAGUUAAGGCAUCUGUGCUUUGGAAGGGGUUGGGGCAGAAAUGUAAAUUCUGGGGAAGAAAUUUUGUCCUAUUGGUAGUUUUUGGUGAGUGCUGUAAAUAGUUAAACAUUUCUUAGUGGAAAGCUAAGUUCAGGAUGUGUUUUCCUUUUCCUAAUUUGCUUUAAGUCCUUUGUGUCUCAGGUCAAUUCCGAAACUUUUAUUUCACUACUCCCCCAUUUUUGGUGGGGGGCAGGAAGGGGAGAGGGAGCACAAUGGAAAACAUAUUCAGAUUGAAAAGGUUUUAAAGGAAUUACUUACUUGCUCCCAUAGUUAGUGUUUUUACUAAAUGCAGAGUAUCACAUUCAUACAUACCCUGCUCCUUGGGACCACUGCUAACGAAAGAGCAAUCUUUACAGUCAUUAUCAUAGGAAGCAGGGAGGUAGAGACAACUGUCUACCAAACCCCUCACAGCUCAGGCAGAUUCGUCCUCUACUGGCCAUUACUACUCAGUGUGUGUUCCUAUAAGAGACCCACUGUAGCCCUUCUACAUUUUCCCGUCAAAAAGAAUCAGGCUUUUACUGGGGGCGGGUGCCUGGUGGCGUGGGAAAGUUGAACCUAAGUUCUCAUGAAACAGCCUCUCUUCCACUUACUGGCUUUAGCGUAGAAGAAGAGCAGGAAAAUGCCUAGGCCAGGAAGCUUCAUUUUAUGUUUUUUUGUUUGUUUUUUGUCCCCUAGAUUGUAGGGUCACUUGAAUGAGGCAAAGCAUCCUACUAUUAAUGGAAAAGAGAUACUCCUUCAGCACACGUUUUCACUGCUAUGAUGGUGCUGUUGGACAUGCUUUCUCCUUCCGUGUGUUAUGCCAGGAAACCCACUACCAG